AUGUCGAGGCAGACCUGCGUCAAUUUGGAGUUUGAGGAUGAAGAUGGGUUGCUACUGAUUGACCAGCCUGGCAUGCAAUCUGUGAUAAGACCCAUGCCCUUCAAGGCUGCUGAUGAGGAAAUAAAGGAAACAGCUGAUGAAAAAAUGAAGGAAACAGCUGAUGAUGGAAAGGACUGUGGGGACACUGUUGUUUCAGAAGGAUCCGUUGCCACCGAAAUGGUCUGUGAAAGUGAGCCAUCUACUACUGAAUUGGAGAAUAACCUUGCUGGAGAUAAAGAAAUAUUAAAUGAAAAACAAACAAUGCAUGAAGAUGAGCCAAGAUCUGAUAACGUUAAUCCUGAUUUGCCAGAAGUAGGCGACGAGUCUGUCGGUAUUGCUAGUGAAACUGAAAAAGGAGUAACUGUAAUCGAUAUUACAGCUAAUGAUGGACCUUCUAAUCCUGAAGACAAUGUUAUAGACGUCAGUGAUUCGGAAGGAGUUGAAACUGAUAAGGGACCAACCAGUGAGGACGAUGGUAUCAUUAAUGUUGACCUGUCUGAGGGAACGGAUCAGUCUUCCAACUCAGAGGAUGUCACUGUCGUAAACAGUCCUGCUUCUCAAGAAGCGGAACGACCCGGAAAGAAGGAUGGUGAAAGUGGAAUGGAAACUGAAGAUGGCGAUGAUCGUACAAAUGCACAAAGUGCUGAAAAUAUCGUAGAUGAUGAUGACGAUGAUGUACAUUUAGACGGAACUAAUAAAAAGAGUGGCAGUAAACAAGCAGAUCAGCCUGACAUUGAUGAAAUGGACAUUGAAGCAGAAGUCGCUCGGUUGGUAUCAGAAGUUGAAGAAACAGCAGAAGUAAGUCCUAGCAAGGCAGUUGAAAAUGAGGGCAGAGGAGGUGAAGAUAAAGAAAAGCACCCCGACAAAGAAAGUGCUCCUAAAGAAGCCAUUCAGCCUCAGGAAAUAGUUCUUCAGGAUACCACUAAUCUAGAAGUAAGGCAGUUUCUAAACUCGACAUUCUGUAAUCUUUUGCCCAAGUUGCCGCUGACUACUCCAGUUACCUUCCGCAUCGCUCCCGCCUCUAAUACUCCCCCGAGUAGCUCCUCGAGCUCUGGAAGAGGAAGAGGAAGGAGGAAGGGCAUGAGAGGAAUGAGAGGAACUAACAGGCAUGUGGUACCGAGGGCGAGCAGUUCUAACGAUAACUCUCAUAACAGCAUAGAUCUGUUCAGACACCUAACGAGGACACGGACAGUCUUCGAUUUCCCAACAUUUGUUACCGAUGUCGAUGACGAUAUUCAAUACUGGAAGUUGUGCCAGAUAUUGAAGGAAAGCUUCCAUGAGCUGAUAGAAACCAGAAACACUAAGACCAGCAUUGGAAAACUGACUCUCAGGGUCGCCCUCAACAGGCCUAAAAAACCCAAGGUCCAACAAAACAAUGGAGAAUCGGAAACAGAUCCCCAAUGAUGGAUGUGUAAAUGUUUUCUUUGUAUAAUUUGUAUCAUAAAUGAGAUUAUGUUUAUUAUUAUUAUAUUGUUAUGAAUAAUUUUUAGAAAUAUAUUUAUAAUUCUUUA